AUGGUUGAAUCCACAAGGAUGAAAGAAGAGCUGACCAUCACUUCCAAACUGGAAAAGCUGAGCUCCAAGCUCUAUGUGAAUUCCUGUAUCAAAAGCUGCAACAUCUUUGCCAUGAAGGACUCAUUCAACCUUUUAGGGAGUUUCAGUGGUUGCGUUAAUGGUUUGGCAGUUCUUUGGCACCUCUCAUUCAUCCCAUUUUGCUUCAGCCAGCUGCAACUUAAGACUGCGCUUCCACUUAAACGAAAUUUUCCAUUCCUUGCAAUAUGGAAUGCACCAACGGAGCUAUGCACAAAGAAGUUUGGAGUGACUUACAAUCUGAAACCUUUUCCGAUGGUAUCCACCACACGAAGAAGUCCGCUUCAGCAGGACAUUAGGAUCUUCUUCAAUGGCAUGGUUGGCUACUAUCCUCACUAUAAUGAGUUGACUGGUCAAGAGUUCAAUGGUGGCAUCCCACAGCAGGUCAAAAUGGAUGAGCACUUGCAAAAGGCCGCACAGGAUAUUGAAGGGUUAAUUCCAUCCAACACGUCCAGGGGUUUAGCAAUUAUUGACUGGGAAAAUUGGAGGCCUCUUUGGGAUCGAAACUGGCACCACAAGUUCAUCUACCAACACCAGUCCAUUGAAUUAGUCCAGCAAAGGGAUCUUUCCUUAACAAGGCAAAGGGCAGCUGCUAUUGCCAAGACUGAAUUCGAAGACGCUGCGAAACAGUUUCUAUUAAAGUCUUUGCAGCUGGGAAAGAAAUUAAGACCAAAUCAACUCUGGGGAUAUUACUUAUUCCCCCAUUGUUACAACUAUAUGCACAAGAACAAACACAGAACGUACACAGGGAGGUGUCCAUCCCAUGCAAUAUCACGGAACAAUGAACUCCUCUGGCUAUGGCAAGAAAGCACAGCCCUAUACCCUAGUAUUUAUAUGUCCAGAAUAUUCAAGUCUUCCAACAACGCAAAACUUUUUGUACAGAAUCGUGUCCGAGAGGCGAUGAGAGUGGCAGCAUUUUCCAAGGAGAACCAUUCUCUCCCUGUCUAUCCCUACACCAGAGUAGUCUAUCGUGAUUCUCUGAAUGAAACUCUCUCUGAGGACGACCUUAUCAGGACAAUUGGUGAAAGUGCCUCUCUGGGAGCAGCGGGGAUCGUUGUGUGGGAAAGCUCAAACAUAACUCAAAAUCAACAAUCGUGCUCAGUGUUGCAGAGUUUUAUUGACGAUGUCUUGGGUCGCUACAUCUUAAAUGUAACCCGUGCAGCCAGAUUGUGCAGCAGGGCGUUGUGCAGCAACAAAGGAAGGUGUUUAAGAAAGAACUGGGAGUCCAGCGACUACCUCCACUUGAACCCAAGCAGCUUCAAGAUACACAGAAAACGAAAUGGGCAGCUUUCAGUAAAAGGCCAAGAAUCCUUCAGUGACCUGUUGUACCUGGCUGAGAAAUUCACCUGUCAGUGCUAUGUUGGAAAAAACUGUGACUUUCAGUCCCCUGUUCGCCAACACAACUGAACUUCAUGUUGAUUCAGCACGAAACGCAUUCUUCAAGAAACAUGCUUCAACUAAAAUUGUUAGUUGUCAGAUUUUACAUUAAAUGUAGAGGGAAGGAUCACUUUCACCAAAUAUGGCACAAAGAGGGGAGGUGAAGAUUAGCUUUCUUGAUCACCCUGCUGAAAAAUGGGCUUAUGUGAACGUGACACGAAGGAAAAAAAGGGAAAAGAAAGACUUGUAUUUACAUAGCAUUUUUCACAACCACUGGAUAUCUCAAAGCGCUUUACAGUCAAUGACUACUCUUUGAAGUUCAAUCAAAUGUUGUAAUGUGGGAAAUGGGAGAGCUAUUGUAAGAUCAGCACAUUCCCACAAGCAGCAGUAUGAUAAUGACCAGGACACCUCCUCUUUUAUGAUGUAGAUACAGGGAUAAAUAUUGGCCAGGACACUGAGGAAAACUCAAUAGUGCCAUGAGAUCUUUUAUAGCAGACUGAGGGGUGUCAGUUUAACAUCUCAUCCAAAAGACAGUGUGGCAUUCUGUCCAUAUGGCACUGAACUGUCAGCAUGAAAUCUGUAAAUCCAGAGACGCAACUAAGGCUCCGGUGACCGGGGUUCGAAUCCAUGCCAUGGCAGAUGGUGGAAUUUGAAUUCAAUAAAAAUCUGGAAUUAACAAUCUAA